CCUCUCUGCGUCAUUUCGUAACACUGUUAUCUUUUGUUUUUUAUGGCUGGAGUUCUUAACACUGUUGUCGUCAGCCUCUCAACUGAUUGUAGUUUGCAGAAACCCUUCAAACCCCCUCCCCAAUCUGUCUGUCACUUCUCAUCUCUCUUGGGUCUGUUGGUUUUCUCCUACCAUAUAUGGCUUCUUCUUCUUCUUCUUCUUCUUCUUCUUCUUCUUCUUCCACUCACCGAAAGAAGUAUGAUGUCUUCUUAAGUUUCAUAGAUGGAGAUUUUGAUGGUGAAGGUGAUGAUGAUGACCCUAGUAGAAACUUCAUAGACCAACUCUAUGAAGCUUUGAUCCAAAGAGGUUACCGUAUCUUCACAGACGAGGACGACAAGCGCAACUUGGACGAUCAUAUCACCCCUGAAUUCGUAAAAACCAUAGAAGAAUCGAAGGUUUCGAUUGUCGUCUUCUCCAAGAACUACGGAUCUUCCAUAUGGUGCCUUGAUGAAGUGGUGAAGAUGUUAAUAUGCAAACAUCAGAUGGAUCAGACUGUUCUUCCCGUUUUCUAUAAGGUGGAUCCUUCUCAUUUUCGGAAACAGAACGGGAUUUUAGAGAAAAUCUUUGCUGGGUACGAAGAGAAAUUCAGAUCGGAUAUGGAGAUGGAGACGGUGAAGGGAUGGAGGCAGGCUCUCACUGAAGCUGGGAAUUUGUCCGGUUGGCAUAUAAAAGAUGUUGCAGACGGGGGCGAGACAAAUUUUAUCAAAGAAAUCGUUGAAGAGGUCUCAAUGAAAGCAAAAGAAAGACGCAUGGACAUUGACACUUAUUUAGUUGGGAUAGAUUCCCGCAUAGAAUCCUUAAAUUCUUUAUUAAGCCUUGGUUCUAAUGAUGUUCGUAUUAUUGGGAUGUAUGGUAUCGGUGGUGUGGGGAAGACGACCAUCACCAAAGCUGUCUAUAAUCAAAUCUUACAUGAAUUUGAAGGCAGUACUUUUCUUGGAAGUGUUAGAGAAAUUUCUGAAGAUCAUAAUGGUUUGGUUCAUCUGCAAGAGCAACUUCUUACUGAUAUAUUAAUGAAACAAAACAUACACAUAAGCAAUGUUGAUAGAGGAAUCAAUGUGAUUAAACAAAGACUCUGUUUUCAAAAGGUUCUUGUCGUUCUGGAUGAUGUGGAUCAAUCAAGCCAAAUAAAUGCAUUAGUUAGAGAACGUAACUGGUUUGGCAUGGGAAGUAGAAUCAUCAUAACAACAAGAGAUCAACAUUUUCUGAAUGGGCUCGAUGUGGAUGGAAUGUAUGAGGUUGAACAACUAAAUCCAAAGGAAUCCCUCCAACUCUUUUGUCACUAUGCGUUUGACAAGGUUCGUCUUAGAAGCCAUCAAAAGGAGCUUUCUGCAGAAAUAGUGUAUCAUCUUGGUGGGCUUCCAUUAGCUCUUCAGGUGUUUGGUUCAUCUCUACACCGAAGAAGCUUGGGUGAAUGGAAAAGUGCAUUAGAGAAGUUGAAAAGAAUUCCAGAUGAGAAGAUUCAGGAAAAACUUGAACUAAGCUUUGAUUCUCUUGAUAGUACAGAGAAAGAUAUAUUCCUUGAUAUUGCAUGUUUCUUUAUUGGAAUGGACAAAGAUAUUGCAAUAAAAAUACUAGAUGGUUGUAGUUUCUUCCCAGAAAUAGGAAUUGGUGAUCUCAUGCGUAGAUCACUUCUGAUAAUCAGUGAAAAAAAUCAGCUUGGAAUGCAUGCCCUACUUCGAGACAUGGGAAGGGAAAUUGUUCGCAAAGAAUCUCCUAAUGAGCCCGGAAACCGUAGCAGAUUGUGGUUUCAUGAAGAUGUAUAUGAUGCACUGACAAAAAAUGCAGUAAGAGCUACAUGCCUACUUUUAAAAUUUAGUGGAAAACUUAAGCACGUAACAGAAGUAGUUGAAGGUUUGGCCUUAAACUUAAACUUCCACCAACGAAUAAGCAUAUGUUUGAGUAUUGAGGCAUUUACGAAGAUGGAAAGAUUACGAUUGCUCCAAGCUGGUUAUGUUCAUAAUCAUUUUCUAAAUGAUUCGUUCUCUUUUGUGGGGAAAAAACUUAUGUUCAAGGAGUUAAGAUGGCUAUGUUGGCAUGGAUUCCCUUUAAGAUAUAUUCCAAACAAUUUUCAUCUGGAGAACCUUGUUGUUCUUGAUGUACAAUGUAGCAAUCUCAAGGAAGUUUGGAAGGGAAGCAAGCCAGAUUAUCUUGGAAAGCUAAAAGUCCUUAAUCUCGACCAUUGCCUUGACCUAACCAAAACCCCCAACUUCUUGAGACUCCCUAGCCUUGAGAUAUUGACGCUUGAAGGUUGUACAAGUUUGGUUGAAGUUCACAAAUCCAUUGGAGAAUUAAACAACCUUCUCAUUUUGAAUCUAAAAGGUUGUACAGACCUUCGGAGACUCCCAAGAAGCAUUUGGAAUUUGAAAUCUCUACAGAGUCUUAUUCUUUCUGGUUGUUCCAAAAUCAGUGAACUGCCAGAGGAACUGGGAAAUAUGGAAAGUUUAACAGAGCUUCUUGCUGAUGGAACUGCCAUAAGGAAACUGCCCAUUUCCAUUGGGCUUUUACAUAACCUUAAAAGCUUGUCUUUAGGUGGAUAUAAAGGAUCGCCAUCAAAAUCAUGGAAUUCAUUUUUUAGGUCAUUAGGAUCACCAAGAAGUGAUGAUGCCAUUACAUCUUUGCCGGCUUCUUUCUCUGGUUUACGCUCCUUAACACGCCUGAUUCUUAGGGACUGCAACCUAUCUGGUAUGCUUCCCAAUGAUCUUGUGAGUUUAUCCUCGUUACAAGAGUUGGAUCUAGCCUUCAACAAAUUUUGUGAGUUACCUGCUAGCAUCAGCCACCUUUCCCAGCUUCAAUCUCUUUGGUUACAGAAUUGUACAAAGCUUGGAUCACUUCCAGAGCUUCCAUCAAGUUUAAAGUAUUUGGAUGCAAAUGGUUGCACAUCCAUGGAAAAGCUACCCAAUCUUGCAAGUGCAUCCUCGUUGCAGAGGUUGGAUUUAAGUCAGAAUAAUAUUUGUAGCUUACCUGCAGAUAUCAAUGGUCUUUCUCAACUGCAAUUUCUUACAUUGAAAAAUUGCCCAAGGCUUCAGUCGCUGCCAUUGCUUCCAUCAAACAUAAUGACUUUGGAUGCAGAAGGUUGCUCAGUGAUGGAAAGACUAUCAAGCUUGUCAAAUUUAAAGAAGAUAAAGUCCUUGUUCCUGAGUAGGUGCAGCAAACUAAUUGAGGUGGAAGGCUUGGAGAGGCUGGAAACUACACCAACUAUUCACAUGGAAGGGUGCAAUGAUUUGGCAAAUACUUUCAGGGAUAACCUCUUUCAGGGUAUGAGUGAACCUGGUAUUAUUGACAUCAUUGUUCCCGGGGGAGACAUUCCAGAUUGGUUCAGCUACCAAAGUGCAGGGUCCAGAUUAUAUUUUGAGGUUCCUCCAUUGUUGAACCAUAAGAUUCAUGGCUUGAUUAUUUGCGCCAUUUAUGCAGCAGACAAAGAAGAAGAUGAUCCUACAGAUGGUCCUGAAGCCACAUUCAUAAACAUGACAAACGGUCUAGAUUGGAAACACAGUCCCAAAAGCAAUGGCGUUUCAGUAACAAAGCAGGAUCACAUAUGGGUGAGCAAUAUAGCAGAGUCAACGUUUAUGGAUCAGUUGGAUGGAGGGGAUCAAGUAGAUGUCUCAAUAGAAAUGGGUGACUCUAUCCAGGUGAAGAAAUGUGGGAUCCAUCUGUUUCAGGAUACCUAUUAUCCAUAUGAUCUUGAAGCUGAGAAAGGACAUAAAGAAGAUGAUGGAGCAGGGUGCAGUUAUUGCCAUUUCAAUGAGGAACAAGACCUUGAUUGGUUGACCGGGCCUUGCCCAAAAAUGAAUUCCGAUGAGGUAAAUCAAAGUAGCUAUGGCACUAGCUUUUUCAGACGUUUCCUCAAGGACAUCUGAGGUGUGGGAAUACCAUAGAAUGAUUUUGACAUUAGUUUGAUAGGAUUUGAAUCCUCAUGGUAACAAAUUUUUUCAUUUUUUGUAUUGUGAUUACGUUUGUAACAUAAUGCACUCUCUGUAAGCCAAAACUGUAGGUUUUAUAGAUUGGGUUAAUGUAUAGUAGACUAGGAAAGAUAUUGAGUUGUUCAACUUAGUGAAGGUUUCUCUCCAUUAUAAUGGUAUUUAUGAUUAAAAUGA